AUGCAGGCUACUACAUAUAGUAAUCAUAAGUCUUACAUAUUUAAUUCCUAUACUAUUAUUGUCAUUCUCUUAGCCUUUGAGAAGAUUAUGGCUGGUUUUUUUAACUUUAGCGCGCCAGUUGAUAUUGACGUUCGAUUCAACGGUGAAGAAAAUAGAAAGUUAGUGGAAGUAAAAAUUGAUAAGGACCGUCGGGAGAAAUUUCCUUUAUACUUUGAUGGUGAGACAGUAGCCGGAAGGGUUACUAUUAGACCUCGAGACGGCAAAAAACUUGAACAUCAGGGCAUUAAAAUUGAAUUUGUUGGAAACAUUGAGCUAUUCUAUGAUCGUGGUAACCAUUAUGAAUUUACUGCACUUGUUCAAGAAUUGGCUGUACCCGGUGAAAUGCGUCAACCACAAUAUUUUGACUUUGAAUUUAAAAACGUUGAAAAACCAUAUGAAAGUUAUCACGGAAUAAAUGUCAAGUUGAGGCGUUUAACGGAUAUUGUGAACGAGAAAGACAUAUGGGUUUAUUCGUAUCGUAUGCCACCAGAUAGUAAUAGUUCUAUUAAGAUGGAAGUGGGUAUCGAAGACUGUUUACAUAUUGAAUUCGAAUAUAACAAAUCAAGAUACCAUCUUAAAGAUGUCAUUGUAGGAAAGAUUUACUUCCUACUUGUUCGUAUAAAGAUUAGGUAUAUGGAACUGUCUAUUAUUCGUCGGGAAACAACUGGUGCAGCACCAAAUCAAUAUAAUGAAAGUGAGACGAUUACUAAAUUUGAGAUUAUGGACGGUGCACCAGUACGUGGUGAGACGAUUCCCAUUCGUCUGUUUCUUGGUGGAUUUGAGUUGACACCAACCUUCCGUGAUGUAAACAAAAAAUUCUCCACGCGUUAUUAUCUCAAUCUUGUUCUUGUUGACGAAGAGAACCGGAGGUACUUCAAACAACAAGAAAUCACUAUUUACAGAAGAAGAGUUGAUGAUGGACAUUUGUAG